CAUGCAUUAGCAGAGCAUUCACCUGACGAAACCAUGGAGAUGGAGAUCUCACACCCCUUGCUCUUAGCCUCUCUUCUUCUGCCCUUCACAUGGCUACUCUUGCGCCUGCUCUCGGUUUCACCUCGCGAGCGCAGUGGUGGCCAUGGCCGGCGCAUCCCGAGCCCGCCGGCGCUCCCCGUCUCCGGCCACCUCUACCUCCUCAAGAAGCCGCUGCACCGCAGCCUCGCCGCGCUGGCCGCCCGCUACGGCGCCGGCGCCGGCCUCCUCCACCUCCGGUUCGGCGCCAAGCCGGUUGUCCUCGUCACCUCCCCGGCCGUCGCCGACGAGUGCUUCACCGCCCACGACGUCGCGCUGGCGGGCCGCCCGGGGCUCGCGUCGCGGCGGCUCCUCACCGACGACUGCCCCGCCAUCGGCAUGUGCAACUACGGCCCGCUCUGGCGCCAGCUCCGCCGCCUCGCCACCGUGCACGCGCUCUGUGCGCACCGCCUGGCCGCCGCCGCCGCCGCGCGCGACGCCGAGGCGCGCGCUAUGGCGGCCAGGCUCUGGCGCGCCGGGCCCGGCGGCGCGGUCGCCGUGAAGGCGACGGCCUACCAGUUCGUGGCCAACGCCAUCAUGGCCAUGGUCGCCGGGCAGCGCAUGCCGGAGGAACAGGUCCUCCGGUUCAAGGCGAUGACGGAGGCGGGGCUGGCGGCGGCCGGGGCGGCGAACCGGCACGACUCCCUGCCGCUCCUCCGGCUGCUGGACUUCGGGAGGACGAGGAGGAGGCUCGCCGGCCUCGCCAGGGCGCGCAGGCAGUUCGGCCAGAGCAUCCUUGACGACUACAGGCGGCGCCACCCCCGCGGCGCCGACGCCAAGGAAACCGCUUCAAGGACGAUGAUCGGCGACCUACUCCGGUCGCCGGAGGUGCUCGACGACGUGGUCAUGAGCUCCGUGUGCCUGAGCUUACUGCAAGCAGGCACGGACACCUCCUCCAGCACGAUCGAGUGGGCGAUGGCUCUCCUGCUCAACAACCCAGACGUGCUCAGGAAAGCAGCAUCCGAGAUCCGCUCCGUCGUCGGCGCAUCCCGUCUGCUCCAGGAGUCCGACCUCGCCGGACUCCCCUACCUCCGGUGCGUCAUCACCGAGACACUCCGGCUGAAACCGCUCGCCCCGAACCACAUCCCCCACGAGGCGUCACGGGACUGCGUCGUCGCCGGCUACGCCGUCGCGCGCGGGACGAUGGUGCUCGUCGACGUCUACUCGAUGCAGCGGGACCCUGAUGUGUGGGAGGAGCCGGAGAGGUUCAUGCCGGAGAGGUUCAUGGACGGCGGCGAGGUGGGCGCCGGAGAGAGCAGGUGGAUGAUGCCGUUUGGGAUGGGGCGGCGGAGGUGCCCCGGCGAGGGCCUUGCUUUGAGGACGGUGGGGAUUGCGUUGGGGGUCAUGGUGCAGUGCUUUGAGUGGGAGCGGGUAGGAGGGAAGGAGGUGGACAUGAGCGAGGGCUCGGGCCUCACCAUGCCCAUGGCCGUGCCUCUUGUUGCUAUGUGCCGUCCACGUGCAGAGAUGGCGACGCUGCUCCAGGCUCUGUAGAAAAUAGUUUGUGCUUUACCAAAAUCAUUUGGUUUGAUCUGGCAUGUUUAUGUUAUUUUUGGUACACAUUGUUUGUGAAUGGUGAAUAAUCCUAUCUCACCUCCACCAUUUUUACCAUGUAAUUACACACAUCAACCUCAUAGGUUCAUCUCCAAGAACUAAAUUAUAUCAUAUCAUAUUUCACUA